AAAAAAAAUACGAGCUGGAUGAAUUGGCCCUUAAAAUGGGACAUGAAGUUGUACGGUUACCACCUUAUCAUUGUCAGUACAAUCCAAUCGAAAUUAUAUGGGCACAAGUUAAGGGACAAGUUGCAUCUAAAAAUACAACAUUUAAGAUGGCUGAUGUUGAAAAAUUAAUGCACGAAGCAAUAGAUUCGGUGAAAAAAGAAAAUUGGGUAAAUUGCGUUCGUCAUGCUGAAAGAAUACAGGACGAAGAUUAUCAAAAGGAAAAACAUAGAGAAGUAAUUUUAGAGCCCAUUAUUCUCACAAUACGACCAGGUGACAGCAGUAGUGAUGACGACGAUGAAGAAGACGACAUAUAAUUUAUUUGUGUAAUAUGUAUAUACCUACUUUAAUUUAAAUUAUUUUAUAUUUGUGUUUCUUAAAA